AUGAAACCACCGACCUUCUUGAGUGGUAUUGAACCCUUAAAGGCGGAAACAUGGUUGUUUGAGAUAGAGAAAUUGUUUAAAGUAUUGCCUUAUUUUGAGACACAAAAAGUUCUUUUGGCCAUAUACACUUUAAAAGAUGAAGCGCGAAGAUGGUGGUUGUUAAUCCAAACUAACAAUGGGAAUAUGACAUGGACUCAGUUCAACGAGAUCUUCUAUGACAAGUAUUUUCCUCAGUGUUUCAGGGACCGAAAAGUUUUUAAAUUCCAAGAACUUAAGCAAGGUAGGAUGUCUGUAGCCGAGUAUGGGGCUAAGUUCACAGAAUUAGCUCAUUUUUUCCCUCACAUGGUGGAUACGGAUUACAAGAAAGCCCGCAAAUUUGAAGGUGGAUUGGAUCUCGAUGGAUUUGAUAGAGUGGACGUCUUGAAAUUGUCUACUUAUGUGGAAGUACUAGAUAGGGCAUUGAUGGCAGAAGCCAUUCUAGCAACAAAGAAACAAGCUCCAGCCCCAACAACUGAAUGGAAGGGUAAACGGUCCAAAUUUAAUUUCAAGAAUGGCCGAUCCUUUUCAAAAAGGCAGAAUACGGGGUCCUCCAGCAGCUCUAGCCAAAGUAGUGGCUCUGUUUCGAACUGUCCUGAUUGUGGAAUAAGGCAUAAAGGCAUGUGUCAUCGUGUCUCAGGUACGUGUUUUCGGUGUGGCAAGACUGGCCACAUGAUUCGAGAUUGUCCGCUAAGAUUUGAUAAUGCUAACCGCCCUGCCACAAGUUCAGUCAAGUCCGCUCCUACAACAAGGACCAAUGCAAGAACUGAUACCAAGAGUAAUACUGGAAAUGAGACGCUGAGGCAAAUGAGAGUAUUUGCAUUAGUGCCUGGAGAUGUGCAAAACACCGAAUCUGUGGUGUCAGCAUGUGAUACUGUGAUUGGUGAUAUGGCGUUGUAUGUUGAUUUGCUGCCUUUGAGCAUUGAUUAUUUUGAUUGUAUUCUGGGUAUGUAUGGGUUAACGAAAUACUAUGCCACCAUUAAUUGUGUGAGUAAAUCUAUCGUGUUUAGACCACCUGGUAUGCCUGAGUUUGUUUUCACUAGAAAUGGGGUAGUUCAUCUGCCGUCUUUGAUUUCAUUUAUGAAAGCCAGGAAGUUGUUAAGGAAAGGGUGUCGGGGUUACUUAUGUUGCAUUUUGACGGUGACUUCUGAUAGCUCUACUGUUGAGAACAUCUCUGUAGUAAAUGAAUUUCCUGAUUUAUUUCCUAAUGACCUACCUGGGGAGUUAAUUGAUAGGAAAAUUGAGUUUACUAUUGAUGUAGUACCCGGAACACAACCAAUUUCUAAGACCCCUUAUAGAAUGUCAACUUUUGAACUGAAAGAGUUAAAAGUCCAACUCCAAGAACUCUUAGACAAGAAAUUCAUCCUUGCGGAUGCUUUGAGUCGAAAAUCCGUUAGCAAUCUGCCAUGUCUGCUCAUCGGGCAGAGAGAAUUGUUAUGUGACUUGGAGAAAAAUGAAAUUGAAAUUGUACUGCGAGAACAGAGUGGAAUCUUAACCGCCAUUUCUACUCAACCUGUACUCAUUGAAGAGAUUAAAGAGAAACAAUGUGAAGAUAUGGUCUUGAGGAAAACUUUUGAAGAGAUUGAUUCAAAACCAAAGACAAGAUUUGUGUUGGAGAAUAAUGUGUUGAAAUUUCAGAAUCGAUUAUGUGUGCCAGACUGUCUGGACUUAAGGAAGUGA